AAACCCCCGGCGGGGCAGUGGCGGCCGCGGCCUCUCGGGGCGCGCGACCCGGCGAGGGGGCGGGGCCUGGCGGGAGGGGGCGGGGCGGGCAGCCGAUUGCGCCGCGCCGGGACUGACGGGCUAACCGGUCCCCUACCCCCACCUACUCGCCCGCCCCCUCCGGGGCCACCCGGGAACUCUGACCCCCCGGCCUGGCGCCGCCUGACGGAGCGGGAGUGGCUCGCUCCGGGCCGGCCGGCGCCGGGGGUGAGGCUGCCCGGACGGGUCUAGGGGCGCGCGAGGGGCCGAGCAUCCCACUCAGCUCGCCGGCCCCGGCCCCCGCCUCCCCCGCUCCUGCCGCCUGGCCGCCCCGGCCCGCCGUGACCCACGGCCGCCUCCGGAGCCCGACGCGCAGGGCAUAUACUUCUCUUGUCUUGGUUGGAUGCACAAAUCUGUGUGCAGUGCUUUUUGCCCGUUGCCUAGACGAUCACUUGGUUUCUCUGAGGAUGUCUGGUUCUCGUAAAGAGUUUGAUGUGAAACAGAUUUUGAAAAUCAGAUGGAGGUGGUUUGGUCAUCAAGCAUCAUCUCCUAAUUCUACAGUUGACAGCCAGCAGGGAGAAUUUUGGAACCGAGGACAGACUGGAGCAAACGGUGGGAGAAAGUUUUUAGAUCCAUGUAGCCUACAAUUGCCUUUGGCUUCAAUUGGUUACCGAAGGUCCAGCCAACUGGAUUUUCAGAAUUCACCUUCUUGGCCAAUGGCAUCCACCUCUGAAGUCCCUGCAUUUGAGUUUACAGCAGAAGAUUGUGGCGGUGCACAUUGGCUGGAUAGACCAGAAGUGGAUGAUGGCACUAGUGAAGAAGAAAAUGAAUCUGAUUCCAGUUCAUGCAGGACUUCCAAUAGUAGUCAGACAUUAUCAUCCUGUCAUACUAUGGAGCCAUGUACAUCAGAUGAAUUUUUCCAAGCCCUUAAUCAUGCCGAGCAAACAUUUAAAAAAAUGGAAAACUAUUUGAGACAUAAACAGUUGUGCGAUGUAAUUUUAGUCGCUGGUGAUCGCAGAAUUCCAGCUCACAGAUUGGUGCUCUCCUCUGUCUCAGACUAUUUUGCUGCCAUGUUUACUAAUGAUGUCAGAGAGGCAAGACAAGAAGAAAUAAAAAUGGAAGGUGUAGAACCGAAUUCAUUGUGGUCCUUGAUCCAGUAUGCUUAUACAGGCCGCCUUGAAUUAAAAGAAGAUAAUAUUGAGUGCCUGUUAUCUACAGCUUGCCUUCUUCAGCUUUCACAGGUUGUAGAAGCAUGCUGUAAGUUUUUAAUGAAACAGCUUCAUCCAUCCAACUGUCUUGGAAUUCGUUCUUUUGCUGAUGCCCAAGGUUGUACAGAUUUGCAUAAAGUGGCUCACAAUUAUACUAUGGAGCAUUUCAUGGAAGUAAUCAGAAACCAGGAAUUUGUAUUAUUACCAGCCAGCGAAAUUGCAAAGCUCUUGGCUAGUGAUGACAUGAACAUUCCUAAUGAGGAGACAAUAUUGAAUGCACUUCUUACUUGGGUCCGUCAUGAUUUGGAACAGAGACGGAAAGAUCUAAGUAAACUUUUGGCUUAUAUUAGGCUACCUCUUCUUGCACCACAGUUCCUGGCAGACAUGGAAAAUAAUGCGCUUUUUCAGGAUGAUAUAGAAUGUCAGAAACUCAUUAUGGAAGCAAUGAAGUACCAUUUAUUACCAGAGAGACGACCCAUGUUACAAAGUCCUCGGACAAAACCUAGGAAGUCAACUGUUGGUACAUUAUUUGCAGUUGGGGGAAUGGAUUCAACAAAAGGAGCAACAAGCAUUGAAAAGUAUGAUCUCCGUACAAAUAUGUGGACUCCAGUAGCAAAUAUGAAUGGGAGGAGGCUACAGUUCGGUGUUGCAGUGCUAGAUGACAAACUGUAUGUGGUUGGAGGAAGAGAUGGACUGAAGACUUUGAAUACUGUAGAGUGCUACAACCCCAAAACAAAAACUUGGAGUGUGAUGCCACCUAUGUCCACACAUAGACAUGGCCUUGGUGUGGCUGUACUGGAAGGUCCCAUGUAUGCCGUAGGAGGACAUGAUGGCUGGAGCUAUCUGAACACAGUGGAAAGAUGGGACCCUCAGGCUCGCCAGUGGAAUUUUGUUGCCACUAUGUCUACCCCUAGGAGUACAGUAGGUGUGGCAGUACUAAGUGGAAAACUUUAUGCAGUUGGUGGUCGUGAUGGAAGUUCUUGUCUCAAAUCAGUAGAAUGUUUUGAUCCUCAUACUAAUAAGUGGACACUGUGUGCACAGAUGUCAAAAAGGAGAGGUGGCGUAGGAGUGACGACCUGGAAUGGACUGCUGUAUGCUAUAGGGGGGCACGAUGCUCCUGCAUCCAACUUGACUUCCAGACUCUCAGACUGUGUGGAAAGAUAUGAUCCCAAAACAGACAUGUGGACUGCAGUAGCAUCCAUGAGCAUCAGCAGAGAUGCAGUGGGGGUCUGUUUACUUGGUGAUAAGUUAUAUGCUGUUGGGGGGUAUGAUGGACAGGCAUACCUUAAUACCGUGGAGGCUUAUGAUCCCCAGACAAAUGAGUGGACCCAGGUAUGGCAUUCAUGUUUCAUUAUUACACUGACUCUCUUUUUAUUAAAACAAUUCUUAUGGUAAAACAGAUCCCCUCAAUCUUGUCCAAUACUGAAAUAUAUGGCAUAAAUAUGACAAUCACGUUUGGAUUAACGAUGAGAAAAAGAGGCAGUGUUUAAUUUUACAACAUAAUUAAAAUCCAGAAUUACCUUUGAGAUGUAAGUUAAUACUCAGAGAAAUUAUUAAUUAUCUGCUACCACUUGCAUGAUGAAGUGUUCUAGCCUGAUUAAAGCUGAUAGGACUACAGGAGGGCUGUAACAAUGGGAGGGGAGACUGGAAAAUAAAAACAAGGAUAGUAGUCAGAAAACUUUGAACAACUUGCCCAUGUAUGAGCAGUCGGAUUUUUAAAUACUCAACCCAUUGAUAUUUGGGAGCAGAUUAAAGUCCUGAUAACCUAAUGAAGAUGGCAACCCUAAAUUACACUGAGUAAGAAACCUGAUCUGGCAGUCUUACUAACAGAAGAAUUUCACCCUUGUGUAUUUCUGGGAGGGUCUAGCACUUCUAAAAAUGAUCUUUUGAGAUCUUUGCUUCCAUCAUCACCAAGAACAGAAUCAGGAAUUUGUGCUUGUGUCACCCAGUUCAGUACUUGGUACAUAAAAGACAAUAAAUGUUUAACUGAGCCAAGAUUUUCUUGUAUACAAGGAGCCAUGAUAAGUAUGGUCAAGAAAACAAAGCUUCUAGGCCAGGCACGGUGGCUCAUGCCUAUAAUCCCAGCACUUUGGGAGGCUGAGGCGGGCAGAUCACGAGGUCAGGAGUUCAACACCAGCCUGACCAAUAUGGUGAGACCCCGUCUCUACUAAAAAUACAAAAAAAUUAGCCGGGCAUGGUGGCAUGUGCCUGUAAUCGCAGCUACUCGGGGGGCUGAGGCAGGAGAAUCGCUUGAACCCAGGAGGCAGAGGUUGCAGGGAGCAGAGAUCGUGCCACUGCACUUCAGCCUGGGUGACAGAGUGAGACUCCAUCUUAAAAAAGAAAAAAGAAAAGAAAAGAAAGCUUCUGAGAAGACCCAUGGUCAUGUAACCUAAGGUCUUGGGUAGGUAAGAUCUACAUGUGCAAGAGGAGAAUGCACCACACAAGGCAGUGGGUAUUUAGUGUCCCGUGGUACAGGCGCCAAGUGAUACGGGAGAUAAGAGAGAAAAAAGAAAGUGGUUAUGGGGAAAGCUUUAGUGAGAAUGAAGUGGGAUUUAAACCAAGCCUUAGUGAAUUGAUCCAAUUCAAAAAGAUUGGAAAGAAGAAAUUGUGAGAAAAUGUGAAAGAAAUGUCACCAAAGCAGAAUUGUGUAAUACAUGUUGAAGUAUGACUGGUUAUAAGGAUCUGUGCUUGAGAGGAGAAGGAGUGCUUACUGGAGAGGAAGAUUGGGGUCAGAAUGGAGAUCUGUGAGACCAAAGUGGGAGGAUCACUUGAGGCCAGGAAUUCCAGACCAGCAUGGGUGACAAAGUGAGGCGCCAUCUCUGCAAAAAUUUGUGUUUUUUUUUGUUUUGGUUUUGUUUUUCAGACAGAGUCUUGCUCUCGUCACCUAGGCUAGAGUGCAAUGGCACGAUCUCAGCUCACUGCAACCUUCACCUCCGGCAUUCAAGCGAUUCCCCUGCCUCAGCCUCCCCAGUAGCUGGGAUUACAGGUGCCCGCCACCACACCCAGCUAAUUUUUCUAUUUUUAGUAGAGACGGGGUUUCGUCAUGUUGGCCAGGCUGGUCUCAAACUCCUGACCUCAUGAUCCACCCACCUUGGCCUCUCAAAGUGCUGGGAUUACAGGCAUGAGCCACCAUGCCCAGCCCCAAAAAUUUUGAAAAAUUAGCAAGGUGUGGUGGCAUGCACCUGUAGUCCUAUCUACUUGGGAGGCUGAGGCGGAAGAUCGCUUGAGCCCAGGAGUUGAGUCUGAAGUGAACCAUGAUCAUGACACUGCACUCCAGCCUGGACGACAGAGCAAGACUCUGUCUCUUAAAAAUAAUUAAUCAUAUAAUAAUGAUUUUUUAAAAGAAUGGGGAUGUGUGAAGGCCAAGCUAAAGAGUUUGGUAACAAGAAGCCAGCAGAAACUUUCAACCAAGAGAAUGAUGCAGUUGGGGUCGCAUAGGUUGGGUUAGGGGCAGGGGAAGUGAGGGCUGGAUAAAAGGAAAAAUAUUUAGAGGAUUGCUUCAGUUGCAAGGCUUGAAGCAUUCAAUGUAGAUGGAUUCAAGAGAUAUUGCCAAGUCUUGUUGAUCUUUCUUUAUAUACACACACUUACUGGGUUGAAUUGGGAGGUGUGGUCUCUGAAGAAAACAGGAAAGGAAUGAUGAGGGAAGUUCUCAGAAGACAAUGGAAUAGAGCAUCUAAAGGGAGGAGUAGGAGUUUCAACAGUGUAAGAAAGAACGAAGAUUUGUCAUUUUUAAAGUUGUGGGACCCUCUGAAAAUCUGAUAGAAGCAGAAGCCAGCACACAGUUUCAAAAGUAAACAGAAGAGGCCAGGCACGGUGGCUCACACCUGUAAUCCCAACACUUUGGGAGGCCAAGGUGGGCGGAUCUUUUGGGGCCAGGAGUUCAAGACCAGCAUGGCCGACAUGGUGAAACCCUGUCUCUACUAAAAAUACAAAAAUUAAUGCUCCUGUAGUCCCAGCUGAGGCACAAGGCUGAGGCAAAAGAAUCGCUUGAACUCAGGAGGUGGAGAUUGCAGUGAGCCAAGAUCGUGCCACUGCACUCCAGCCUGGGUGACAGAGCGAGACUCCAUCUAAAAAAAAAAAAAAAAAAAAAGUAAACAGAAGAAUAGAGUGUAGGAGCUAGAGAGGCAUGCAGUUUUUAAAUGAUGAUGAUAGAAAGUUAGUAUUUAUUGAGCAUAUCUUACAGGCCAGGCUCUGUUCUAAGCACUGUAAAGAAUUUAAUCUUCAGCAACCCUAUAAGGUUGAGUUCUGGUAUUUUUGCACUGUACAGGAUGAGGAAUCUGACACAGAAGUUAAACAGCUAACCCAAGGCCACAUAGCAAAUAAAUGGUGGAGUUAGAAUUAGAGCCAAGGGUUUUUUUUUUUUUU